UGUCCGUUACAACGAUAACAAACAAUUUUUUUUUUAAUUUUUUUUUUAUUACAAAAUGAUUCAACAAAACACCCUUUUUUACGACUUACAAUAAAACUGAGUAAUUUAAGUUUUAAAGUGCAUACGUAAAUCACUUGACCCGUAACUAAAAAAAAAUCCUAGGUAAAAUAAAACAAACAAAAAAUCCCCGGGUGGACAUAUAAAACUUAUUGACCAUAAGAAAAAAACCGAUAAUAAUAUGGCGGACGAGCACAGUAGCGACGAAUCGGAUUUGGAAAAUCAGGCGGAAUUCGGGGCGGUUUUGAGCAAAUGGACGAAUUACAUCCACGGGUGGCAGGACCGUUUUAUCGUGCUGAAAAAUGGCACUUUGUCUUAUUAUAAAAGUGAACACGAACGGGGUUACGGUUGCAGGGGAGCCCUGUCACUUGCCAAAGCCGUUAUCAAGCCUCACGAGUUCGACGAGUGCAGGUUCGAUGUGGCGGUGAACGAUUGCGUUUGGUACCUUAGGGCCGAUAAUGUUGACAUCAAACAAAGAUGGAUAGAGGCCCUGGAGUCUUGUAAGGUGGAAUCUGGUUAUGGUACUGGAUCGGAAACAAGCCUAAAAAGGCAUGACUCUUCCGCCAGUUUACAAUCGCACAAUUAUAGCACAGCUUCGGGCAGCAGUUUUAAAAGGGGGUCGAGAACGUUGCGGGAAAAACUGGCCGAAAUUGAAACUUAUAAGGACAUUUUAACACAACAAAUUGACACUUUACAGAAAUAUUUUGACUCUUGUGUACAGACAGAAUCUCCUAAUAAUAAAGAUAAUAAGUUGCCGAUAGUGGAUUUUAAAGGGGAAGCGAUCACAUUUAAAACCACAACGGCCGCGGUUAUAGAUACUUUGGCACAUUGUGCCGAUUUGGUCUCUCAAAGGGAGGAAUCUUGGAGGAAGAGGUUGGAAAGGGAAAAGGAGAGGAGGAGGCACACGGAAAUUUUGACUCAGAAAUAUUUCGAACAGUUACAAAAGUCCAGGAAUAUGCAUCCGGGGCCCGAUAUGGAGGAGGGGCCGCACAGCGUCUUGGCAGAUGAUGAAUUCUACGACGCCGUGGAGUCCGGCCUGGACAAAAUGGAGGAGGAGCAGGAAUUACGGGAAAAAUUGAAAAGUGGCCAAAUGAUUCCCGUUACGCCGUCACCGACUUCCUCUUCCGCGGUACAGCACCGACUAUGGCCAGAGAUCGAGCGAGUGGUAAAACAGCAGGUGACGAUGGCGAAAAUGGGCAUCGGCGAGUGCGGCACCGGUUGGCAAUUGUUCGCCGAAGACGGCGAAAUGAAAAUGUACCGUAGGGAGGAGGAGGUAAACGGGAUGGUGGUGGAUCCCCUGAAAGCCGUCCACGUGGUCAAAGGAAUCACCGGACACGAAGUCUGCCACUAUUUCUUCAGUCCCAAAUAUCGUUACGACUGGGAGACGACUCUGGAGCACAUGAACGUGGUGGAAACGAUAUCGGACGACACCUUAAUAUUUUUACAGAUGCACAAGCGCAUUUGGCCGUUUAAUCAGCGCGACGUGCUGUUUUGGUCGCACAUGCGGAAACUCCCCAACGAUCAGGACAGGGACGGACCCGACAUGUGGACGGUCGUCAAUAAUUCGACUGAACUUCCGGAGUAUCCGGAAAACGUAGGUAAAAUAGUUAGGAUAUUUUUAAAUGUUUGCUUGUUAUGUCAAACGCGGGUCCAUCCGCCGAAAGAUGGCGCGCCAAUCACUAGAGAUAACGUGUCUUGUAAAAUCACAUAUUGUUCAGUCGUGAAUCCUGGAGGUUGGGCUCCCGCCUCAGUUUUAAGGGCCUUAUACAAGCGAGAAUAUCCGAAAUUCUUAAAACGGUUUACGGGGUACGUCAUCAAUCAGACCAAAGACAAGCCGCUUAUGUUUUAAGUUUCCCUCCUCUUUCUCUCUCUGUUUCUCUAUUGUCGUCCCCUGCUGUUUUAUCUCUUUAAUAUUAUUAUUUAUAGAUAUACAAUUUACUAUUAAAAAAAAGUGUUAUUUUACGUUAUAAAA